AACUCAAAAGGGUUUUGAGAAGGGACAAAGAGGGUACACCACACAUCACUCUAGUCUCUACACAAAAGAAGUAGCCAACACUCUCUCUCUCUUGUGUCUUCUCCACUUUCUCUUCUCCUUGGCUCUAGAGAUCUCUCUAUCUCUAUCUUCACACUGUGACAUUUUGUCUGAACGCAUCUAUGGCUGCUCUGGUCCUUUCCCUUCUCCUUCUAGCCAUGGCUGGUCAUUCCAGUGCCGCAUGGUGUGUGUGCAAGACAGGGCUGAGUGAUGAUGUGUUACAGAAGACCAUAGACUAUGCCUGUGGAAAUGGAGCAGACUGUAACCCCACUCACCCAAAAGCACCUUGCUUUAACCCUGACAAUGUUAGGUCUCACUGCAACUAUGCGGUCAACAGCUUCUUUCAAAAGAAGCGUCAAGCUUCAGGCACUUGUGAUUUCAGUGGCACUGCCACUCCAACUAACUCUGAUCCAAGUUAUUCAGGAUGUACCUUCCCUACUAGUGCCAGCGGCUCUGGAGGCAGCACUACUGGUACAACCAAUCCAAAAGGCAACUCAACCAGCACCACACUUCCUGGUGGCAACAGUCCUUACUCAGGAACCUCAACCAAUGGAGUUUUUGGAAACAACAGCACAGGAGCCACUGGGACAGGGGUCAACCCUGACUACACUACAGAAAGCAGUGCCUUUGCUCUCAAGAACUCAAGCGAACUGCUCACCUUCCUUGUCUUGAUCGCUUCGAGUGGGUUCUGUUCUUUCUUGAUGCUCUAAGGAAGUUACGUUGGUGCACGUAGUUAUUGUCUUAAAGAUAUUGGUCUAGCUUAGUUGGUAAUCCCUGUCUGUGUGUUUUGAGUCUCUCUCUCUAUGUUAUGUUCUUGUUGUAAGAAGAUUUCAGCUCUUGCUUGUACUCUUACCACGUGAUGGUUUCUGGUAGAUGUGAUCCUAGUUUAAAAACUUAUAUA